GUCCCCCGUCAGUUGGGUCUCAGUGCUGGUCGAGUGAGGUUGGUGUCGCGACCACCCUUCUUUUCUGCUUACUUCUCUAGCAAACACAAACCACAAUGGCCGGCGACGAAGAGAAAAAGAAGAAGAAGAAGCCCAAGAAGGGUGCCGCCGAAGAGGCACCUCCCCCAGAACCUGCUCCCGCGGAACCGGAACCCGCUCCGGCACCGGCGCCGGCACCUGUUGAAGGUGAUACCGAUGACUGGCUCAGCGCCGCUACAGCAGAGGAACCUGCACCUGCAUCCGACGAGGCCGCCCCCGCCCCCGCUGAGGGUGAAGCCCCUCCUGAGGGAGAAGAGGCCCCCCUGGGCCAAGAAGGGGAGCUGCCCCCCCAGCCUAAGCCCAAACCUAAGUUCUUCGUGCACUGGGACCGCAGGAAGGCUAAGUUCUACGACUACAACUUCGACUACGGCACCAACUACUACUCCUCAAUGGUUGGCUACGUAGACCAGAAGAACACUGCUUUCUCGUCUCAAGGUAGUGCCACGGUGCCCCGACGCAUGGCCUUCGCCGAGAGGGGUAUGUACAGCUCCCUGGAACGAUCUCGCAACCCCGACCUCAAGACCCAGACUCUCCUCAACGACGUCCGAAGCUCCAUCCGCAACUUCGAAAACUCCCAGAGGAUCUACGCUUAUGGCAGCAACCGUAAGAGGUACUAAAGAGUACCUAUUUCACCACCUCUCUUUACCUGGGAAGAGUACCGGGAGGUAAAGAGAUGUACUUUGCUGUCUGUGGUGGACUCAGCUGAUGCCUCCUCUCACCAUCGGUCCAGUCAAGCUGAAGAAGAAGUAGCAGUAAAUUGAUUAAGUGUUCAGGAACUUAACUUUCAUCUCGGUUGACUCAAUUAACAUCAAAAGCCUAUUUUUCUCUUCGGGAUAACGGAUUCAUUUGCAUUUUGAAAAUGAAUAUAUAAUAAUUGUAAACGAGAUUGCACUCUUUUCUGUUAAUCUGAGAUACAUUUAAUGGAAGAUCCUGGUACCAUAAAUACCUUUCAUUCAGGAUGGUCUGGUGAAACAUCAUAACUUUUGCACGCCGUCAAACCGAAAAGUGUUUUAAAACUUCAGCUGUUUACGAUCCAUAUGGAUAGGCAACAUGUUUACACCUAUUAUAGGGAAUAUUAAUAACAAUUAUAUGCUAUUAUUUAAUUAUAACUUUACGAAGUAUAACGAUAAUAUCUUUAUUGUUAUAAUGUUCAAUUGCUAGGUCGUUUUAGUGAUUCAUUUCUCUUCUUCUUGUUAAUUGAGGCUAUUGUUUUCUUAGUUAUGUCAUUCCCGUGGUAUUCGUUUCAUGUUUAGCUUCUGUUCUUGUUAUAAAAAUUUUCAUUACGACAUACCCUACACAUGCAAUGGAUGUAUAUGAGUACGUACAAACUUCCCAGCGAUUUCUGGAACGCAUAAACGUGUUUGAACUGCACUGGUCGCCAUCUUGAAUGCUAUUACAACGCCAUCUUGAAUGUUGUUCCGACGCCAUCUUGAAUUUCAAAAAAUAAGCGAGCCACCAACUUUCCAAAAGAAUCAAGCAGGCAAAGACCUUUCUGAAGGGGACAAACUUAUUCAACUUUAACUUUUCUUUCGUUUUUUGAUGGAGAAAGGCACCCCAGCCCCUUUUAAAAUCAACAAAACGAGGUGUUGAUAAUCGACUCAUACACUCGAGAACAGUUGAAUGUUGAAAAGUUAUCUUACGGAGAAUUUUUGGUCUGAAGCUUCGUCUCACUGUGAACCCAACUCGAAAGAACUACUACCCACGAACAACCAUUGUAUUGAGUAUCUCGCGUAGAGGAUUCAUGAGCUCCCGACUAAGUCUUUGACAUCUUUGAUCUAAAAGAGAACUUUUCAUAUAAAAUUCAAUACACAAA